GUUUGUACGGUACUUGAUUUCAACGAUACCAUAGCUAGGGCCACUUAGCAACAUACGGUUUCAGCGUAAUCUCGCCGGCCGCGACUCGGGGCCAGGCACCGGUACCUGCGCUGCGCUGCAUGCACGUCCCGCCGCUCCUAGCCUGGUCGCGACGAAGACGGGUAUGACGUGACGCGGCAUCGCUAACAUCCAAUUUUGUUCGAGAUUGACUAUAUGAAUGGAGCCGAUUUCGGGCCUCUUGAGUGUGCUAAAUUGAGCAAACCAACAAAAGGACACAUCAUCUACGGUACCGUAACCUUAGGCCUAGGCUAGGCCUCUUUUCCCCUGAUUUAUUUUAAGUUCGAGGACAAUGUCAGUUGUUGAUGUCAUGCCAAGGCUAAGACGAGACAGCCUGUGAGUGUGAGUCCAUGAGAAGAGUUAAGACAAGAGUCGCAUGAACAGACUGAUACUUAAUUAGCAGCAGUAUCCACUCUGGUGUACUUUUGAUAAUCAUCAUCAAGAUCCAUUUCAUGAUUUCCCAUUGAGACGAUGCCAGGAAAGAAAAAGGGAAAGGGAAAGAAGAAGGGAGGAAAGAAAAAACCCAAGCUUACCAAGGAGGAGAAAAUCCAGCUUAAACUGAAUAAAGCAUGUGCCUUGAUAACAGAACAGAAAGAUGUCUACCAGAACUUCCUGGAUCGGAUGGACCGAUGGCUUGCUGCAAACAACCUGAAGGCUAAAGAACUAUAUCAGAGAUUUGACAAAAAUGGAGACGGUGUCCUUACUUUUGAUGAAUUCAAAGCAGGUAUGCUGGAUUUGGAUGCUCCUUGCAAUGCCAUAGAGCUUGAAGUGUUGGCAAGGAGACUGGACAAAGACUCGAGCAACACCAUUGAUUAUAGGGAAUUCUCCAAAGGUCUAUUCGCAAGUGAAAGUGAGAACGCAGAGGAACCCCCUACGCUAGUGACCAGACAAGCCUUGUGCCAUCCAAGUUGUAGCCUAGGCCAUUGGAGAGAUCACAUAGAGCGACAUCCUAGGUAUGUGCGUGUGCUUUUGCGGUCCAUCACCUUCGAUCACCUGAAGAUGUAUCCCGGCCACUUCAGCAAGGUCGUCCUGUCCCACUCCACGAUCCUGUCACUCUGUGGGAUCAUCAAGGAGGAACUAGCCCUCACCACCACCACCCUCCUCAUCUACCAUGACAAGACCAAGGAUGCCCUGGCCCUGGAUCCGGCCAGGACUCUGGAAGACUACGGCAUCAAGGGCAGGACAAGGGAGGAUCCGGAGGAGGUUCUCCUCUUCUACAACUACACCACAGAAUUCCAUGAUUGUUCGCUGCUAUCAGCAGAUUACUACUUCAUCAAAUGAUUGCCACCUGUUUUAUAAAAAAAAAAACAAGUGCUUGUGACAGUUGAGUCUGCAUUUAUAAGUCAAUGACCACGUUCUCAGAACCACCUCGCAUAGAGCGGUCUUUUUUAUGAGAACGCUCUUAGUGGGUCAAAUGUUUUGCUUGAAAUUUGAGACUGCAGCGCCCAAAAUGUUCAAAGAUCGUCCUGCAGAAUAGUUGUGCCCUCACCUACGCUUAAACUGGUUUAAAGAGGCAAAGCAGUCUUGAAAACCACGUCGCGAGGUUGUUUUUCCAAACUAGUUUGGAAGAUCGCUUGCAAGACUGUUUCAGCGUUCUCAUUACAUGUUAAACUAGUUUCCACUAAACUGGUCUCCACUAGUAAUAUAAGGACUGUAAUGAAAAGUUGCAAAGUUGAAACAAAUUUCCAGAACAGAUGAUGGAGAAUUUUGGUAACUAUUUCUAAGUCUAAAUUAUUUCUAUGAUUCAAAGAGAAUGCAUCUAUGCAGACUCUCCUGAUAUGUAGAUAUUUCAUUUGGCAAAGAACUAUACAGUAUGUGCAUGUGUGUGUGAGAGAGUGUGGGUUUGAAACAAUCUUAGAUGAGAAAGAGACAGAGACCAAGGCCAAGACAAAUAUCCCUGAGACAGAAACCACAAUAUAGUAGUAAUAACUUAACUUUAUAUAACACUUUUUGCCAAAGGAUACAAAGCGGAUCUAUUAUUACCCCAGCUAUAGUUCGAGCAACAGCUUUAUCAUCAGCGCUCAGUGCAUUUAAGGAGUCAGUCCUACCAUGUAUCCAUUCACUUCACCUUGGUUGAGUGCAGCACAAUGUGGAUGAAUUUCUUGUUACAGGGAAACAUGGCAUGGCUGGGAUUCAAACGCAUGACCCUGAGUUUUAAAGACUAGAGUCAGAACCAUUAUAUCACAACAUGCCCACGCUCGAUAUGUAUUCACUGUGAGUUCAUUAUGUCGUAAUGCUUCCGUCCAAUUUUUAUGAAAACUAUAGAUGUAUGUAAAAUAUGAUAUAUUUUUCUACGAUGCAUUAUUAUUAUUACA